AGAGAGGAGGUCCAGGUGCGUCCAAGAUGAACUGCUUUGUAGUCGCUGCGCUCGCUGUGUGCGUCCUCGCACCAAGCGUCUAUUGUGCCACAGAGUCCAUUGCCUGGUGCUAUCAUUUGUCCACCUGCAAUGACACCACCUGGCCGGUCAUUGCUCCCCAAUACUGCAAUGGCACCCGACAGUCGCCCAUUAACAUCGUCUCAGCGUCUGCCAAAGCUAAUUCCAACCUGACCGAAUUCACCUUUGUUGACUACAGCAGCACCUCCGCGCUGACAAAGAUCACAAACACUGGCAAAACAGUCAAGGUCACCUUGGGGAGUGGGGUUAGGAUUUCAGGGGGAGACCUGUCAGAGGCCUAUGACAGCCUGCAGUUCCAUUUGCACUGGGGUAAUGGCUCCUCUGUCCCUGGCUCUGAGCACACUGUGGAUGGCAAGCGCUACCCCAUGGAGUUACACAUUGUAAACAGCAAGGGAAGCUAUAAUGGAAACACAACUCUGGCUGUUGCAGACCCCACAGGACUUGCUGCUCUAGGUUUCUUCAUUGAGGAAAUGUCAGGUAAUGCAACUGGCCAACCUGCAAGCUGGCACACCUUGACUUCCUAUCUGGCCAACAUCACAGACAGUGGCCAGUCUGCUUCAAUGGCACCUGGGAUUUCACUGGAUGAUCUCCUGGUCGGGGUGGAUCGCACUAAGUAUUACCGUUACCUCGGUUCCUUGACCACCCCCACUUGCAAUGAGGCCGUUGUUUGGACUGUGUUUAAGGACACGAUCAAAGUCAGCAAAGAUUUGAUUGACCUCUUCAGCACAACAGUGCGCGUCUCCAAUAGCUCAUCACCUUUGAUGAUCAAUGUCUACAGAAACAUCCAGCCAGAGCAACCUGUCACAACACAGCCUAGCAGCAGCAGCAGCUCUGCCUCCACAACCUGCUACUCUCUCGGUCUGAUGGCCCUGAGUCUUGUUCUGGGGAGGAGUUAGUGUGAGAAAAUGGGGGGAAGAAAAAAAAAAUGCAGGAUUUUUUUUGUGAGGUCUUGGUGACUUGCGUUGCUUGUGAACCUGGUCUCCUUCCCCAUAUGGUUUGUCUGACUUUAGCCUUGUCCACAUUGUUAAUACAUAAAGUCUGCACUGAAUUACUCGUCAUUAGUGCACCAAUUCAAUAUGUGGGAUGCAACAUCUACAUGUGAUCAGUCCUUUCACAUCUGAGCAAAACUGAGCCUUAAACACAUGAGCAUAUCAGAACAUAUCAACAUCUUAACAUUAUCACAAAAUAGUUUAUUUUGAAAUAGUUUAGAGAUUAGUAAAUGUAAUGAUGGCUGCCUCUGCUCUAAUGUGGUCGUCCAUCAUGUAGUUCUCACGGUAAUGAUGAGCUGUAAAGAAUUAUUCAUCCUUAAAUUUUGAAUCAGGAUGCGUACUUGCAUGUCUUGCAUGCAAAAUCUAUGCUAAACAAGGUAUGCACAAGAAUUUAUAAUUUUAUUUUGGUUUUUUUUGUAUAGUAUGAACAAUUCAGGCACAGCUUGUCUGCUGCCAAAGAUAUAUUCAGGUGCCUGAGGAAGGGAUGUACUUGCACUAAGUUUACGGAAUACCUGUGGUAAUGGUAGUUUAGAAAAGGUAAAAACGCAUUAAUGUAAUCUGAGUGUGACAGUAUUUAGUUACAUUUUAAAUCUGCCUCAUACAUGUAUCUGCCUUGCGUUUAAAAUCAGCCUCUACCAAUUAGUAGUUGCAGUAUAUGGUAGUUUUAUUUUUGUAAUUUCACUUUGUUUUUGUUUUUGUUUGUAUUACUUUAUUUUGUAACCUGAUUUGUUAUAAUUUUGUCCUUGUCUGUGCCGAUACUGUUAGCAGAUGACAUGUGGCCAAGCUGCGAUGAACACCCAAAUUGAAACCCAUGCUGCCUCUUUCAGUUGGUGUAAUGAAGGACUGAGGUUUCAGUGCAAUGAACGCCAUUAUUUAUCAUAAUUAUAUACACUACACAUAUACCUUUAACCAUGUGUUGAGCUACUUGCACAUGUAACAGAACUGUGACCUCUUAAAUGUUUCUAAAUUAAAAUGAUCUGGUGUCAGUCA